AUGGCUUCAGCAACCACAUCGACCGCUUUCCGCGCAUCUGAUAGCACAACCAGUUGCAAAAGAAGUCGCUCAACGAGAUCACCGACCUCACCAUCUGCUUCCACUUCCGCUCAUCACAUGCACCACCACCAGCAACAGCAGCAGGAACGACCUCGUGCCUCGACCAGCGCUGCCCACCAUCGCAGCCGAUCCUCUGAACAGUAUUCCGAGUAUCGUCCAUACCCUCCACGCACCUCCUCUCACAAAGUCCAUCUCUCAUUCGACUCCAUCUAUCCCCGAGACCGACCUCGAGCAAGCAAUAGCAAGAAACAGACAGCACCACUACGCAUCUCUCCCGACCCACCAUCACUUCUCGCUUUCGCAUCCUCCUUUGAAACCCUACUCGACACACAAGCUUCCAAAAGCUCAACUCAUUCUGCCUACUCUGAACUUGUCUCCUUUUCGACUUUGAACUACCCACCGUCUACACUUCCUAACUCGGCACUGAGCGAUCUGAUCCAUUCCAACGCAACUCCGUCUGCCUCGUCUUCUUCCAAAUCUUCCUUCUCGUCAGUCUCAACUUCUUUGGUGGAUAAUACGAGUAUGACGGGCAGUGUAGCAACGACAACGGGGUUAGAUUUACUGGGGAUUUUGGCAGAAGAAGUCGAUUGGGAUCCACAGCAAAGGGGAGGGGCGCCGCAUUUGGCGGUUCAAUCGAAUCACGAAGCUGAACAGAAGUUGUGGGCGGGUCAGAUUUUGGGUUCUUUGGGUCUUAUCAAACCUGAUGGUAGCCGGAGAGGAAGUUUUGCAUCUUUGACUAGUACAGCAUUACCAAAAGCAGAAGCUACAGGGGCGGCGAAACUUCAGCAAAAGCAGUCGAAGAGAGGUUCAAGUGUGGUGGAGGACCCGCUGAACACAAUGACUCUCACCAAACGAACCGCUUUAUUCUACGAAAACCUAUACGAACGAUUAUGUGCCGGUAUCGUACCACGAGCAUACAUCUAUCCGAAACUGGGGAGGAAGUGGCAUGAUCAAGAUCCAACAUUUGCCGCUCUUGCACUGUCUAUCUCCCUACUUGGACUUCUCGGUCUCACCCUUCCACCAGCCCCUACCAAAGGUUGUGGUGGUGACAUUGAUUCAGAGCUCAGGCAACCGUUCGUUAUGCCCUCCCUCACUCCCCGAGGUCAAGUAACGGGAGAGCUGUAUUCAGAAGCAAGACCCUUGAUCGAACGGAUCCUUCUUCUCCGUCUCUCAUCGAGUGGUGGAGGGAUCGGUUUCGGUCAAACGCCGACACUUGAAACGGUGCUGACGAGCUUCUUCCUCUCCCUUGCAUUGUACAAUUUGGAUGAUGGGGCAAGGUUUACCGAGUGGAAAGAUGCUUCUUUCUUUAGGUUUUGUGAAGCUUUGACACUGGCUAAGAUUCUAGGGUUGGAUCAAGUCCGUGCGUCAACAGCGAGUGUAGGGGUAGGGGGAGAGGUAUCGGAAGAGGUAAAGGUAUGGAUGCUCUUGGUCCGCGCUGAAAGGUGGUGGGCCGAGCAGAAGGCAGGGUAUGCUUGUCAGAUGGAAGCUCGUUCCGAAGCCGUCGACAGUAAGAAGCGGGUCAAGACGGAUGAAGACUAUAACGACGCACAGAUGUCGAUCAAGAAACAACGAAGGAGCGAGACGAAGACGGUAGAGCCAUUGGGCUUCCUAACUAAGCUCGGCUUCGCAGGAGUCCGUGAUGAUCUUCUACAUCGAUUCCAUGGUCUGCUUGAUUGCUGGACUCGUCGAUGCCACAGCUCUUCUUGCAGGUUGGACUCAGAAGCAACCGUAAGCAUCCACGACUCGUUAGCUUCACUCGAGCUUUUCUCGCACAUCCACCUCGCAGCGGACCCCAUCCUUGUCGAUCUAGCACGCCAGGCUCUCCGUGCGAAACUCUGGAAUGCCUGCUUGCACCACAACCUCGUCUCCACCCACGCUCAAGGUCCGCUUCGGCCAGAUCAACCACUGCAUAUUGCACUGGAUACAUUGGAUCUGCUCGAAGACCUACAUCAGCUGGUAUUGCGCUCGUUGCCUGCGGGCGCGGUGGAGGCAGAGGCAGCGUGGGAAGCGCUACAGGAGAUUAGGGAUUGUGUGGGGAAGUUGCCAAAUGGAAGGUUCGCAGCGGAGAGUUUCUCGUUCGAACAGAUCGAGGGGAGUGACGAAAGCGAUGAGCCGAGUGAAGGCGGGAGUGCGAGUGCAGGUGAGAGGGCGAGCUGGACGACAAUUACGAGGGCGGCACAAAGUGUGAUGGAUAAUUUGGAUCGAUUCCUUGGUCGGGCGGGGACUCAUUAG